UCUGUGUACUUUUAAUCCAGUAUGUCAAGUUUCCAGAACUUCACAUCCUCUUCCAUCAUUUUCCUGCUUACUGGUAUUCCUGGGCUGGAAGCCUUCCACACCUGGAUCUCCAUUCCCUUCUGCAUUCUCUAUGCAACUGCCCUCUCAGGGAACAGCCUGAUUCUCUUCGUCAUUGUCACGCAGCCCAGUCUCCACGAACCCAUGUAUUAUUUCCUGUCCAUGCUGUCCACCACAGACCUUGGGCUGUCCAUAUCCACUCUGGUCACCAUGCUGGGCAUAUUCUGGUUCAAUACCAGGGAGAUCAGCUUCAAUGCCUGCUUGUCACAGAUGUUCUUUAUCAAACUCUUCACUGUCAUGGAAUCUUCAGUACUGUUGGCUAUGGCUUUUGAUCGUUUUGUGGCCAUCUCUAAUCCCCUUAGGUAUGCCACUAUUUUAACCUACUAUAGAAUAGCUCAGAUUGGAGUGGCAAUUGUCAUCAGGGGAACCCUAAUGUUGACACCAAUGGUAGCACUUCUUAAAAGAUUGUCCUUCUGCAACAGCCACGUGCUCCACCACUCCUACUGCUUCCACCCUGAUGUGAUGAAGCUCUCAUGCACAGACACCAGGAUCAACAGUGCAGUUGGAUUGACUGCCAUGAUUUCUACUGUUGGUGUGGACUCAGUCCUCAUCCUCCUUUCCUAUGUUUUGAUCAUUAGGACUGUCCUCAGCAUUGCUUCCCCUGAAGAGAGGAGGAAAGCCUUCAGCACAUGCAUCUCCCACAUUGGGGCUGUGGCUAUAUUCUAUAUUCCAUUGAUCAGUCUGUCCUUUGUGCACAGAUUUGGAAAAGAAGCCCCGCCAUAUGUACAUACCAUGAUCGCUAACACCUACCUGCUGAUCCCUCCUGUAAUGAACCCCAUUAUCUACAGUGUGAAGACCAAACAGAUACGUAGAGCUGUGAUAAAAAUUCUCCAUUCUAAAGAAACAUAGAAUCGUAGUAGUCUAGAGAUAGAUGGAUCCUUCUACCUCCAGCCAUGUUAUCAAUUAAGAAAUCAAAACAAAAUCUGUUGCUCAUUGAAACUGAAUAUACAAUUAUUUAAAGUUAAAGCUGGAAUGUUUUCUAGAACAUCAGCUAUUCUAACCUUCCUAGUUUAUAGAUGAGGAGGAAUAGAUAUACAAAUGGGAAGCAUGAACAUUAUUAGCCUUAAGUCUAGAAUUUCUCCCCCUUACCACUUUUUCUUCAAACCAAUGUUGCCUUUGAUCCCUUUCGACAGCCAUUUUACUCUUGCCUCAGCCACCUCAUAGAAGUUAGAAUGCACACGAAGAAGUCCCUCCUUUGUGAAAAGUAGAUAAUGUUUUCCAACUAUACUAAUAAUUUAUACUAAUAUUUAUUAUUUCCCUUGACAGGUUAUGAGUCUUAAGUAUUUUUACAUGAAUUAAAAUAUUUUUUCCAAAUCCACAUUAUUCCAUUACUAAGGAGAAAUUUGAGUCAUAAAAUAUUAAGUAGCUGGCUUAAACAUCUAGUAAGUGGCAGAGCAUACCCAUGCAAUCUGACUCCAGGGUCCCCACACUCUUAAAUUAAGUGCUAUACUGCUACCGAUAGUGUAAUAUAAUAUAUAUGUAUAUAUAAUUAGUAUAUGUACAAGU